AUGACCCGCUCAAACGCAGUCACCCCCGACUACUACGAAAUCCUCAACAUCCAAUCCACAGAAACCACCGCCCAACUCUCAAAGCAACAACUCAAACUCGCCUACCAUAAAGCCCUCCUAAAACACCACCCAGACAAAGCCUCCUCUGUCGCAGACAGCGCCGACCUCCCCCGAUCCAACCAAGACCUGUCGCGCGACGGCAAACCCUACACAAUCGACGAGAUAACAACAGCCUACAAGACCCUCUCCAAUCCGCAGCUCCGCGCAGAAUAUGAUCGCGCUUUGCGACUAGACCGGGCGAAGAUUGUUGAGCGCGAGAAGACGGGCGCGGUGUUUCACACUGGGUUGGAGGUGGUUGAUCUGGAGGAUCUGGCCUGUGAGGAAGAGGGUGAUUCGGCUUUCUGGUACAGGGGCUGUCGGUGUGGUGAUGAGAAGGGAUUCUUGGUGUCGGAGGAGGAUCUGGAGAGGGAGGCUGAACAUGGGGAGAUUGUUAUUGGGUGUCGGGGGUGUAGUUUGUGGAUGAAAAUCUUGUUUGCGGUUGAGGAUGGUUGA